AAAAAAAAGAAAUGGAAGUUGGGAAAGGUGUAGAGAGAUGGGUUGUCGACAUUUCAAAGUGGAGACCUUCAACUGAAGAUUUCUCUCUCAUCAUCUCUCUUCUUCCCCACUGCGACCACUCCUCCAUCACCAGGUUUGUGAAAUUGGAGGAUAGAAAACGGGCACUUGUGAGCCGAUUGCUUCAGUAUGUCCUGGUGAAUCGAGUACUGGGAAUCCCAUUCGACGACAUCGUUAUCCGACGAACCCCCGAGGGGAAACCCUUUUUGGUAUGCGAUAAAUCGAAGAUGGAAUUUCCGAAUUUUAAUUUUAAUGUGUCGCAUCAUGGUGACUAUGUUGCAAUAGCAUCUGAGCCUAUAUGCAUUGUGGGAUUGGAUAUCGUUUCUCAUUCGGCACCUGUUAAUGAAACAGCUCAACAAUUUGUACAGAGUUUCUCGACUUAUUUCUCAAGAUUAGAAUGGUGUCAUAUAUCGAACGCCGCCUCUUCUGAUGAAAUGCUGAAAACAUUUUACAGAUAUUGGUGCCUGAAGGAAGCUUUUGUGAAGGCCGUGGGGAGCGGUGUCGGUUACAAGUUGGACGAUGUUGAAUUUCGUCACACAAAUUGGGAUAAUAUAUCUGUCAAAGUUGCCGGACAAGAGUUUAAAGAUUGGAAAUUUUGGCUUAUGGAACUCGGAAAUAAUCAUUCGAUAUCAAUUGCUAGAGGUAACCCGAGGAGUGCAAUCGCUAGUUACAGGACAACAUUAAAACAGACGGAGUUUGAAGAAAACGAGUACAAUAUAGGCCUCAAUCUCCCAAACCCGAGUUUUACUUUACUAAGAGUCGAAGAUCUUGUUCGAUUACGUCAUUUUGCUGACAACAGAAGAUCCAUUGAUAUAUUACCGACAGCACCUCACGUUUCUGAAGAAUAAGGAUCUAUUUCGUUUAGCUGUAAGAUUUUGGAGUAAACAAAGUUGAUAUCGAAUUGUUUCUUUAAACGGGCAUUUUCUGUUCAA